AUGAUUCUCAGAACACCACCGGCGAGAAAACGGAGGGCGGAAUCAUGGCUGCCGGAAGGGGAUAAUACCAACAGCCCAAGCUCCAAUAGGCACCAGCUGGUGAUUUACGAGGACCAUCCAGUGGUGGAAUCUUCGCAUGACCAUUCUACCCCUACUUCCACAGACCAAAUGCUCUGCACUUAUCAAUGCCGUCAGAUGGUUAAAUCAGAGUUCCUGGAUGCUCUAAGCAGUGCAGAAAAGCAAGCAUGCGAUUAUCAAUCUAAAGUAGAAGCACUGAGUGAUGACUUCUCCAAAGCGGAAGCUGAGAGGAAGAAAUUUCGAGAUCAAUUCUUUAAUGCAGAGCAAGAACUUGCUGCUGCUAAAGGGCGCGAACAAAUGCUGCAACAGCAGCUCAGGAAGGAAGUUGAUUUUUCUCAAGAACAACUUAAGAAACAGAUACAAUCCUACAGUGAACUCGAGAUAAAGUUGCGAAACGAGAUCGAUCUUCGCAAGAAGGCGGAGUCAUCUGCAGCCAUCGCUGAAGAAAAAGCAAGUGUUUUAGAGGGAAAUCUAAAUACUCUAUCAGAAAGCAUCGAAAGGGAAAAAAGUCGUCUUGAGAAUGAGCUUGCAGAAAUGAGAAGUGGAUCAAAACUUUCGAUUGAUAGAAUAAGUGCAGAUCUUGAGAGAAUGGAAUGCAAAGCUAAAAAUGCCGAAAAAGAGUCAGCACUGCUGAAAGAGCAGUUGGAAGAACUUAAGGGGCGUCUGAAUGAGUGCAUGCAGGAGAAAUUUGAGGUGGAAAAAAGGUUAUCAAGAUUCACAUCUGCGGAGACUCCUUCGAAGGACGCUGAUUUGUUGGUGAAGCAUUUGCAAGAAGAACUAAGGAGCUAUGAGUGUGAAGUGCGUGAAGCCAGUAAGAUCAUAUCUUCUCAUGAAAAAAUUGAGUUGUUGAAAGAGAAGUUACUAGAGGAAAAAGGUCGCAGGGAAAGGGCAGAGUCAGAUCUACACAAGUUAUCAGACAUCCAGCUAAGGUUGAAGGAGUUGGAGGAUGAGUUGUCCACAUGGAAAUCAAUGAUUAAAGACAUUCCUGGCGUGUCACGUGCUGAUGAUUUACCACUUAAAUUUGGAGCCUUACAGAAAGAGGUAUAUGAUAGCAUGAUGAAAGCAGGUGAGGUCGAAGCACGCUUGAAACAAGUAGAAGUUGCUCUUGAUACCACAUUUCUUGAUAAAGAAAAUGCAGAAACUGAGGCUGCACUGGCAAAAGAGAGGGCAGAAUCAUCUAGAUCAGAAAUUAAAAGGCUAGAAUUGAUGAUUGCAUCACUUACAGAGGAAAGAGAUAGCUUGAAACAUGCUGUUGGUGAAAUGAAAGGGUGCAAGAGUCUUGAUGGCGGAAAGGAAUUAGUCAAUGGAACUAUUGUUCAACAACUAGAAUCGUCUCUUGCCAAGAAGGAAAGCUUUAUCAGGGAACUAGAAAGCAACUUAUCUGAACAAAGGGAAACUAAUAGAUGUCAACUCGAUGAAAUAAAAUUGCUAAGUGAGAGUUUAAACAAUGAAGCAAAAAGAAUAAAGAUGUUAGAGAGAGAAAGUGAUCGCCUCCGUUCUGAGAUAGCUAUAUUGGAAUCCAAGCUGGGACAUGGUGACUUUUCUUCUGCAAAUACGAAAGUUCUACGGAUGGUUAAUACCCUAGCAGUUGAGAAUGAGGCAAAACAAACAAUAGAGGCUCUGCAAAAUGAGUUGCAGAAUAUGAAGGAGAAAUUGCAGGCUGUUGAAGACCUUAAAAAGCAGUCAUCUGAUUCUGGCACACUGGUUGACUCCUUCAUUGCUGGAAAGAUUAAGCAGUUGAAAGAGCAAAUUGCAACACUUGAAAAACGGGAGGAGAGAUAUAAAACAGUUUUUGCCGAUAGAAUCUCAGUUUUUAGAAGGGCAUGCUGUGAACUUUUUGGUUACAAGAUUGUUAUGGAUGACCACCAACGCUCUGAUGGAAUUCCAGUUACUCGCUUUACCCUUCAUUCGAUCUAUGCACAAAGUGACAAUGAAAAGCUUGAAUUUGAAUAUGAAUCAGGGAACAUGAACUUUUUGGCAAAUGAGUAUGCCUCACAUCCUGAGUUAUCUCGGCAGGUUGAAGUAUUUAUCCGAAAGAUGAAUUCAAUUCCGGCUUUCACAGCCAACCUGACAGUCGAAUCUUUCAAUAAGCGUACCCUCUCUUAA